AUGCGGCGAGUGCCGCACACGAAAGAUCAAGGUCAGCAACACAUUGCACACUCUCUAACACUACACCUCGUGUCUCAACUAACCCCCCCACCACUGCAGUGCGACCUCCAAGAGCCCUCCUGCGCCCGCUGCCUCAAAUCAAACCGCCAAUGCCCCGGCUACCGCGACCAACUCGCCCUCUGGUUCCGCGACGAAAGCCAAACCGUCGCCCAACGCACAAAAGCCACGACACACACCUCCCCAUCUGUCGACCGCCGAACGCAGCGCUCCCUCAUGGAAGAAGCAUUUGAGAAAGCAUGUGCAUCCAGCGAGACCGUGCAGCGGGGCGAACUAUUCCUCCUGCCGAUGGAUAUCUUUGUCGUGGAUGUUCAGGAUCGGGCGGCGUGUUACUUCUUCGAGGUAUUUAAUUGGGUUGGUGCGUCGACGUUGGUCGAGGGCUCGUUCGAUUACAAGAAAGAUGCGGCUGAUGCACCGGUUGGUGAAAUGGCGUUGUUGGCGGGGAUUACGGCCGUGGGCAAGGCGUCGUUGGCAAAUAUUCAUCGUUCUGAUGCGUUGCGGGAAUCGGCGAGUGAUGAUUAUGUUACGACGCUGAAUCUUGUAAAUUCGGCGCUUUGUGAUACGGAGCAGUUGAAGGAGGAUUCGACGCUGAAUGCUAUUUUUUUGCUUUCUAUUUUUGAGAUUGUCGUCGGCCAAGAAAGGAAGUCUAUCGAUAAUUGGAUCAAUCAUAUUAUAGGAGCAUCCAGGUUACUCGACUCGAGGGGAAGGGAGGAUGUUUCCAAGACGUCUUCGCCAGAAAUGUUCUACUCAUGGAGGAGUGCAAUUGUUACUUGCUGCAUCUGCCGCAAAAUCCCCUUUCCCUCGAUAAUCAUUCGAUUAUCCCACCAACUCGCAUCAACAACCCGCGACCCUCUCAGCGCCGCAUUCCGCGAUCUCACACUAGUGACAGAACAUUUCGCCAACCUGCGACAUAAAAUAGACACUGGGGAGUUAAAAGACGCCCAAAGAACCCUGCAUGAUCUUCGAGUAGUUGAAACCGACCUCGAAAAUUGGGCCAGCUCCAUCUCGCCGAGCUGCUAUUACGAUGCCGUUUCCACUCCGCAGCCAUUCCAGAUUACAUCCAACUACACACUCAGUCCCUACACAAAAUACGCGCAUAAGUACGGAAAGUUCUGGAUCGCAAAUAUGUGGAAUGAGUUCCGGACUAUCAAGCUCCAAGUUUACGAUAUGAUGCUCACACAGCUCCAGCCUUACGUAACGGGGAUGGAAGGAAACCCAGAAAGUAUCGAGAAUUACAAGUCUCAGUACUGUCAUAUUAGGAGGCAGUUGUGUCAAAUUUCUGAAGAGAUAUGUUGCAGCGUCCCUUAUAUUCUUGGUUUUUUGGCCAAUGAACGACGCGAUACUUCCCUCUCAGUGAAGAGCUCUGCUGGAGGAGUCGUUCUUCUAUGGCCUCUGACUGUAGCGGGGAUUGCAAAUAGCACUGUCGUUGAAUUUGUUUCGAGAUGUUUUGAGAUGAUAUCACAUGUCAUGGGACUGCAGCAGGCGAUGGUCUUUCGUCAUUGGGUGCUCUCUUCGUCUACGCAAUAUACAUGGGCAGAUUGCACCUGA